AUGGUCGUCUUAGCAGCCUCCAUUUGCACGCGAGGCGGCAAGGCCCUCCUCUCUCGUCAGUAUGUUGAAAUCCAAAAGUCUCGAGUCGAAGCACUCUUGGCUUCAUUUCCCAAACUUGCAGACUCCUCGACCCAGCACACAACCGUCGAGAGUGAGAAUGUCCGCUUUGUCUACCAGCCACUUGACGAGCUCUACCUUGUCCUCAUCACCAACAAACAGUCCAAUAUUCUGCAGGACAUAGACAGUCUUCACCUGUUUGGCCAGGUCGUCACCUCCAUUUGCAGAAAGCCCGACGAGCGCGAAAUCCUCCGCUAUGCCUUUGAGUUACUCUCGGCUUUCGACGAGCUCGUCACCAUGGGCUACCGAGAAAACCUCUCCCUCUCCCAAAUAAAGACUUUCUUGGAGAUGGAGUCGCACGAAGAACGCAUCCAAGAGAUCAUCGCCCGUAACAAGGAACUCGAAGCCUCCGAGGAGCGGAAACGCAAGGCAAAGCAACUCGAACUACAAAGGAAGGAAGCCGCUCGAGCUGCCGCUUAUGGACGCGGUAUUGCUCCCAAGAUGCCUACACAGCCAACCUACACCCCCCCAUCCCGUCCUGAAACUUACGACUCGUAUGAGGCCGAGAAAAAUAAGACUGCCAGCAAAUUUACCCCCAGCCGGUCUACGAAGGGCAUGCAAUUAGGAAAGAAAUCCAAAACAUCCAACGCUUUCGCCAAAGUCCAACAAGAGCUUGGUCCAGAGGAAACAGAAGCAGCACACCCCACAGCUGACUCGACCACCCUUCCAGACCGAACGGUCUCCGCAUCUCAUGCCCACCAUAAUUCAGUCCACUCUAACACCAAUCCCAUAACAAUCACCGUCAACGAAACCCUCUCGGCAAAGCUCUCACGAGAAGGUGCUCUAAAGUCCUUCGAGGUCAAAGGCGACCUGCAACUCAAAAUAACCGAUCCUGCACUUGCCAAGCUUUCCCUUUCCGUGCAUGCUAUUGAAGGGCCGCUGAAAGCCCAGUUUCGCACCCAUCCCAACGUAGAUCGCAACCUCUUCACGUCCAAUAAAGUCCUCCAACUGAAAGACACCACAAAACGCUUCCCCGCCAAUAACAGCAUCGGUGUCUUAAGGUGGCGAGCCACCGCUCCUGCAGAUUCGAACGAUGUCCUACCCAUCACAUUUACCGCCUGGGUCAAUAAGUCCGACGACUCAUAUACCAUCACCCUUGAGUACGAACUUGUCAAUCCCGAUGCCCACUCCCUGCAAAACGUCAGCGUUACUAUUCCCUAUAGCUCUGCAGAACCCGCCGUCUCGUCCUUUGAUGCCAUAUACCAGGUCACUGGUGACAGCCUGGAAUGGACGAUCGGUUCGGUUGACGCAAGUAACCCGACCGGUGCCUUCGAAUUCGAGGCCCAGACAGACGAUGAGAGCGAAUUCUUCCCCAUAAGUGUCAGCUUCGAGCUGGAGAAGCCGUUUGUGGACGUGGAUGUUCUUGGCGCAAAAUUAUUGGAGAUGGAUGAGGAUGUAGAUUUCGAGAAGACCAUCAAGGCCGUUGCAGAUGGCUUUUUGAUCGAGUAA